UUCCUCGUCCUCCUGUGUUCCCUCCGUUCACUCCCGGUCCUUUUGUCCUGCCUGUUCCCUCUGUGUCCCCGUUUCUGGUCUGUCUGUCUGCCUUUCCUGUCCUGUGUCGUGUCCUGUCCUGGCUUCUGCCUCUGUGUCAGUUUUGCCUGUCUGUCUUGUUCCCUGUCCCUUGUUGAUGGUUUUGGUUCUUGUUUUUCAGGUUUUGGUUCCCCGGUCUCGUCCCGUCCUUCGCCUCCUCCCGGGCGCGCCCGGGGAAGCGCGCCUUUGGGGGGGGGGGGGUUCUGUCAUGCCCGGCUCGUCCGCUCAAAUAUGGCUGGAUACCUACUGUCAAAAUGAAACUAGGAAAGUAAAACUGGAAGUACAACAUUCCAAUAUUUAUACGGCUCACUCUUUGGCUCACUCCUCAGUUCAGCCGUACCUUCAUAUGUGGUCUGUAGUUUAAUUUCAAGAGGAAAGUCACAUCGCAGUCUAUCCAUCCAGCCGUUAUCCUAGGGCACACAGCUGGGGUGCCCUCCCGGACGGGCUGCCGAACAGAGAAUAUCACAGGAUUAUGAAAUCUGAACUAAGGAAAUAAAGUCGCAAAGGACAGCAGACAGUGAAUGUGAAAUUCAUUCUGAAAAAUAGAGAACUGAAAUCAUGGGAAAGAGAUCGAGUAAGCCCCUGGAGGUGGCAGCUCUCGGAAGACCCUUCCAGCUGGGGAUGCUGUAUGAUUGCCGUAAUGAUUGUCUCAUUCCAGGAAUUACCUUGUGGGAUCAUGAAGACCUUCAAAAAAACACAGAUGAAAGAAAUCAGCACAACACAGAAUUUGAUAUCAUUGCAUCUGAUUCUGUAGAGGAUAAGGCAUGGGCUCUGGAUGUUGAUGCUUCACUAAAAGUGAGUUUCUUAGGGGGACUGGUUGAAGUAGGUGGAUCUGCCAAGUAUCUUAAUGACACAAAGGAUUCAAAAAAACAGGCACGUGUCACGUUGAAGUAUAAAACAACUACAAAGUUCAUGCAGCUGUCUAUGAGUCACCUUAGACGAGGAAAUGUUAAACACCCAUAUGUGUUUGAUCAGGGAAUAGCGACACACGUGGUAACAGCAGUGCUGUAUGGCGCUCAGGCAUUUUUCAUUUUUGAUCAAGAAGUUUCAGAAACUGAGGACCAGCAAAACAUUAAGGGGAACCUGCAAGUGACGAUAAAGAAAAUACCAAAAUUGUCAGUCGAAGGGGAGGCUUCCUUAGAGCUGACAGACACUGACAGAGCUACUGCGGAAAAGUUGUCUUGUAAAUUCUAUGGGGACUUUGCCCUGAAACAGACCCCUGUUUCCUACCAGGAUGCUGUAAAAAUAUACACAACACUUCCAGGUCUGCUGGGUGAAAAGGGGGAAAAUGCUGUGCCAGUCAGGGUGUGGUUACUCCCCCUGGAAAUCUUAGAUUCUUCUGCUGCCAGAUUAGUGCGUCAGAUCAGUGUCAGUUUAGUAAAUCAAGCACAGAGAGUGAUAGAGGACUUCAAUGAAAUAGAAAUGCAAUGUAAUGAUAUUAUGACACGUAAGGUUGUUUCACACUUUCCUGAAAUUGGCAAAAAAGUAAAAUCCUUCAAGGACAUGUGCUUGGAGUACAAAUCAGUGUUUCAGAGAUCUUUGUCAAGCAUUUUACCAUCAAUUCGUGGAGGUGGAACAAAGAAAUGUGUGCUGGCAAACAUCCUAACAAAGAAGGAACAGUCUCCUUUCAAUAGCAAUAAACUUAAGGAAUGGCUGGACUGCAAAGAGCAAGAAAUCAACCUGCUCCAAACAUACACUGAUGUGAUGGAAGACACAAAAAAUCUGGCAUCAAAGAAUGAGCUAGAACGUGAACUCUUGAAAAAUAGAGAUAAGCAUGUAGUGUGUUUUGCAUUUACAUCACUGGGUGAAGAGGAGCCGUAUUUGUCCUGCUUACAGAGUCAUUUAAAGGCUCUUUCAACUGCAAAGCUAACAGAACCAACAGAAGAAGAUGGGAAGGAUGUCGAGCCGAGUGAGUUUUACCUCUCAGAUGCAGUGUCAGAAAAAAUGAAAGAACAAGUAUUCCUCUUCAUAGAUUUUGCAAAAGCAAAUAAGGAGAACAAGAAAACACACUUUAUAUCAGCAUCCAUACCUAACGAUAAGUACAAAGGGGCAAGUAUUUACCUUUACACAGAUGGGAUGAAACAAAGUGACCAUUUUGAGCCUCCGUCAAAACCAGGAAGACCAAAUCUAUCUGACGUCACUCAUGACAGUGUGACAAUAAAGCUGAAUCAUCCCCAGUAUGGAUCCAGGGAAAUCACACACUACCUGGUUGAAUACUGUGCUAAUGAGUCAGAUGACUGGCAAUUUUUUGAGGUUUCCAAAUCUAACCUGGAAUGUACUGUGUCUGGACUGCUUCCCCACACAGACUACAGGGUCAGAUACAAGGCAGUGUGUCCAGCAGGUGUCAGUCUAGCCAGUGAAGCUGAGAGCAUUAAAACUUUGCCCACAAGUCCUCCUGGGAAGGCAGAAGAAAUAGAUGUAGACUUAGAGGAGAUUGAAGUUUCUUGGACAAAACCCGAUUCAAUUGGCCGUGGUGUCAACAUUGAAGACUAUGUUGUUGAAUACAGAACUGAAACAAAUGAAAAUAAGGCAGACUGGGAAAAAAAGACUAGUAAAGGAGAAGUCUAUAAAAUGACUGGGUUACAGCCAGAUACAGCAUAUUAUAUUAGAAUUACAUGCAAUUGUGGUGAAUCUGGUCAAAGCAAAGAAAGUCUGACUGUCUCAAUUUCAACAUCGUCAGAAACCACAAUAGUAGCUGAACAGAUAAAACGAAAGAGUGAAUGUCUUAGCCAAGGGGUCCCCUCUGUGUACAAGGUUCCCCUGCAGGAAAUACCCACAAACUUAGAUGGAUGCAAGAGAUAUGCUUUCGGCAAAAAGAACAUCAGGGAACAUCGAACCAUUAUGGUCAUUGGGGCAAAUGGAGCAGGAAAAUCAACCAUAAUAAACGGAAUGAUCAACUAUAUUCUGGGUGUUAAGUGGGAAGAUGAUUUCCGAUUCAAAUUAAUUGAUGAGGGGACUUCAAAAUCACAAGCAGAGAGCCAAACCUCCCUUAUCACUGCCUAUGAAAUUAACUAUCAAGAGAUAUAUACCAUACACAACUCCAUCACUAUCAUCGACACCCCCGGUUUUGGUGACACAAGAGGAAUAGAGAGAGACAGAGAAAUCACUGAACAGAUCCGGACAUUUUUUACCUCCGACAUCGGCAUCAGUACUAUAGAUGCCGUCUGCUUCGUAACUCAGGCCUCACUGGCACGACUAACACCUGCACAGAAAUAUGUGUUUGACUCCAUCCUUUCCAUUUUUGGUAAAAACAUAGCAGAUAAUAUCCAGAUGCUUGUGACAUUUGCAGAUGAACAGAAGCCCUCAGUUCUAGAGGCCAUAAACAUGUCUGGUGUUCCUUGCCCUAAAACAGAAAAAGGGAUUCCUGUUCACUUCAAAUUCAACAAUUCAGCACUGUUUGCAGACAAUUCUACUUCUGUCAAUAUGAAAAACAGCACUGAAAAUUUUGACAAGAUGUUCUGGAGAAUGGGUGUGAAGAGCAUGAAUAAGUUUUUUGUUACUUUAACAAGUAUGGAAACCAAGAGCUUGAGGCUAACUAAGGAAGCCCUCAAAGAACGCAAAGAGCUGGAAACUGCAAUCACAGGUCUGCAACCACAGAUCCGAGCUGGUUUGGCCAAACUGGAUGAAAUCAAAAGGACCCAACAAAUUAUUCAGGAGCAUGAAGCAGAAAUCAAUACAAAUAAAAACUUUGAAUUUGAAGUUGAGGUGACGAAGCCAGUUCAGGUUAGUAUAAAAGGAUCUGGACAGUAUAUAACCAACUGUCAGCAGUGUUUUGUCACCUGCCACUAUCCUUGUACUAUUUCAGAUGAUAAGGAUAAGGCUGGUUGUGCUGCCAUGAACUCCAAAGGAAACUGCAGAGUGUGUGCUGGCAAAUGUCACUGGAAUGUGCAUUUUAACCAGAAGUACAGAUGGAAAUAUAAAAAGGUGAAAGAAAUGAGAACAUCUGAAGAGCUUAAAGCAAAUUAUGAGAAAGCAUUGGGUGCCAAACUGACAGCCCGAGACAUAAUAAACAGACAAGAAGAAGAUAUUCAACGUCUUCAAGAUGAAGUACUGAAUCUAAUUGAAACAUUACGAAGGUCUUUAGCUCGACUAAAGGAAAUCGCUUUAAAGCCCAACCCACUUUCCGCACCAGAAUACAUUGAUCUGCUGAUUAAGAGUGAAAAGGCAGAAGCUAAACCUGGAUUCCUGCAGCGAAUUCAGUCACUUGAAGCUAUGAAGGAGCAAGCAGUGAUCAUACAAAAGGUCAGCAAUAAUGAAGAACUUUUACCAGAUGAGGAAAGAAAAUAUAAAGCAAAACUUGAAAGGCAAGAAAAUAAAACAAUUUGGACUUCGGUAUUUGAUUUUUUCAUGUACCCUUUCAGAAAUUGAAAGUACUGAGAGUUUCAUGAAUGAAUGAAAUCAUUCAUGAAUACAAUUUGAAUUUUUUUUUUUCAAAAACAUAAGACAUUGAAGGUUGUCCUUCAUGUAAAAAUAUGACUGCCACAUCUUUCAUUGAUUCAUUGAUUGUGUACAGUUGCUUACAUUUAAAAUUGAUAUCAUGGCAGCAUGUUUUUGCGCUAAAAUUGUUUCUGUCGUAAUAAUAGUAAAAUAUCUGAUGUUCUGAUCACUCAUAAUUAAAUGAAAAAUUCUCAGGAAACCCCAGACAGUCCUGAACCUAUAACCUUGGAGCUGAGUUAUUAUGCUUUUUGUGGGGUUGAGAGUAUUAUUUUUUAUUUUCCUUCUUAAAGUAUAGCAUUAAGAAUGUGUCUAUAGUGCAUUAUAGAUGAUUUCUUGAUAGAGCAUUCAUAAUGCACAAUAAACAUGGCUAUAAUGUCCUUUGCCUUUUUAAUAAUACUAAUAGCCAUGUUUAUAAUGCUUUAUGAAUGCAUCAUAUUGUGUUAUUAAAGUGUUAAUAGAUUCUUAUAGACAUGGUGUAUUAGGACGAACUUGCGGACGAUUACGUUGCCUAGAAUUAAUCAUUGUCCUCCUGUUACUGUCAGACUUAUGAGGUGAUUGAGGUAUUGAUUGAUUCUGAUCGUGUAUGGACUGAUCAUCCUGAGAUUCAGAUACGUCGUCCAUGAUUCACCCAUAAUAUUGUGCCAAGGUCGAAACUGCAUACACAUGUUUUGUACUGAUCACUUAUAUAACUUGUUUCUCAUGAAAGGAACAUCUUUAUCUUGUCCAAAAUAUUCUUACCCUGUUCAACGACGCUUGCCUGGUUAAUUUGUUUUAUGAUAUGUUUACCAUGUACAAAGAUGCGUACCAUGUUUUUCUGAGGGGUUUUCCUGAAGACGAGAGAAAGUGUUGGCCAAUAAGUUUUGCAUCCCACUGAUCGGUGUGUGGUACACUUAUCCCAUCUUCAGGAAGAAGGGAAAGCAUUGCUCAAGGACACUUGUCUUAUUAUUUCUGAUUGAAACCGUACCUAGUGGUCGGUGGGUGGGACGCUUACCCCACCCUCGGGAAGAGGGGAACACGUUGAUUAUGGGAACUUGUCUUAUCACUUCUGAUUGAAACCGCAAGCUGCAUUACCCGGACAGAAUUGAAAAAUUGAGAACAUAUUGCCUGAGGGGAGGGCUGAGCCUGGCCAGCUCGCCCCCUGUCCGUGCGCAUACCGAUCCCAAUUUAGUAUACAGGAAGGGGGAAAACUCAGUACUGACCGGAGCUCAGCCAUGGGAUAGAGCGCGCAUCUCCCGGCACUUUCUCGGGACUCCCGUGUUGGUCUCCUGCCAGGACUGAAAAGGGCUCCCCAGUCUGAGAGUGAGGGUAGGUCAUGAUGGCACGUCCGAGUGUAAAUAGCCUUGCAGCUGCUGAAGCAUGUGAUUGAUUAUUGGGAUUAAUUACCACCACUUCUGAUAAUAAUUUGCAUUUACUAUGUUUUAUUGCUGUUUGUUCCUUUGAAAGCCCUAUAUCCCCCCUCACAUCAUUUUAAUAGACGUGGCAUUCAUAGAAGUAUUGUCUUGGAAAUUUGAAAACAAAAAGUUUCAAAAUUUGCAAUCAUAAAUGAAGCUAUUGUAGCAAAGAUAACAGUUUUUCUAUGAAAGCAGAUAAGAAAAAUCUGUCUAUUAAUAUCUUUCUAUAUUUAAUCAGGAUUCCUCUUGUUUAUUGAACGUUGCUGUUAUAUACAGUUAUGUACAACAAAAUCCUUCUGAAGUAAAAAGAUUAACUUCUGGCUGAACUUGCAGACUUAGGUUUUGUUUUAGGGAAGCACUAACACACAUGAAUAAAAAAAUCAUUAACAGAACAACAAAAAUUCUUUCUUCUUCAUUAAAUAUAAAAAUUAAAUAAAGCUAUCUCUGUAACCAAAGGAAUACUUUUACUUUUAGUUUCAUUCUGACAGUGAGUCGUCUAUAACUUUCAUUCUGACAGUGCUAAUCUCUGCUGUUCAUUAUAUUUAAGGGGGUUAUAAGAGGCCACAUUUUUCCAGAUCACCAUGUGACUAUUUGAUCCUUUAGGAAUUUUUAGUUUAACUGAAUAACAUAAACACAAGCUGGAGUUUAAGAUUUUCCCAUCCAUUUUCUGUAAGAUGUUCUCUUCAGGAUUGCAGGGGUCUGGAGCCUAUGGGUACAAGGUAGUGAACAACCCAGGAUGGGGCACCAACCCAUCAGAAGGCACAUUCACACAGCCUGUAUUCACACACUCACACACCACGCAGUCACACACUCACACACCCUGUACUCACACACCACGCAGUCACACACUCACACACCCUGUACUCACACACUCACACACCAUUCACUCACACACUUACAAAACAUGCACACAUAUGGGACGUUUGGUAAAUCCAACUAACCUCAAGAUAUUUUCAGAAUGUGGGGAGAAACCAGAGUACCUGGAAGAGACCCCAUGAUGACACAGGGAGAUCAUGCAAACUCCACACUCAGGUAGCCAUGGCUGACACAGGGAACCUUGGUCCCAGGGGUGGGAGGUAACAGUGCUGACCACUGCACCUCUGUGUCACCCCUUACUAAUCACUGAAUUACUGUAAUUCUUGUGUAACUGAAGACUAAACCAAAGCGUAAUAAUUGACACAUUACACCAAUUAAAGUAUUGGCACAUAGUAAUUUGCAUAUUCACAUUUAAAACGUUAUUUGACCCACCUGCAUUAAAAGUAAUUUAACCUUAACUUUUGAAAAAAUGUAUCUAAUAGUCCUGUUCUUUCUCUCACUGUAAAUUAGAAUGUGUCUUUAUGCUGAGCAACACUGAGGGAAGCAAGAUAACACAAUAUCUCUGUAAACAAAGGAAUACUUUUACUUUUAGUUUCAUUCUGACAGUGAGUCGUCUAUAACUUUCAUUCUGACAGUGCUAAUCUCUGCUGUUCAUUAUAUUUAAGGGGGUUAUAAGAGGACACAUUUUUCCAGAUCAUCAUGUGACUAUUUGAUCCUUUAGGAAUUUUUAGUUUAACUGAAUAACAUAAACACAAGCUGGAGUUUAAGAUUUUCCCAUCCAUUUUCUGUAAGAUGUUCUCUUCAGGAUUGCAGGGGUCUGGAGCCUAUGGGUACAAGGUAGUGAACAACCCAGGAUGGGGCACCAACCCAUCGCAGGGCACAUUCAAACACCCUGUACUCACACACUCACACACCACGCAGUCACACACUCACACACCACGCAGUCACACACUCACACACUCACACACCACAAAGUCACACACUCACAUACCCUGUACUCACACACUCACACACCACGCAGUCACACACUCACACACCCUGUACUCACACAUUCACACACCCUGUACUCACACACUCACACACCACGCAGUCACACAGUCACACACCCUGUACUCACACACUCACACACCACGCAGUCACACACUCACACACCCUGUACUCACACAUUCACACACCCUGUACUCACACACUCACACACCACGCAGUCACACAGUCACACACCCUGUACUCACACACUCACACACCCUGUACUCACACAUUCACACUCCCUGUACUCACACACUCACACACCAUUCACUCACACACUUACAAAACAUGCACACAUAUGGGACAUUUGGUAAAUCCAACUAACCUCAGGAUAUUUUCAGAAUGUGGGGAGAAACCAGAGUACCUGGAAGAGACCCCAUGAUGACACAGGGAGAUCAUGCAAACUCCACACUCAGGUAGCCAUGGCUGACACAGGGAACCCUGGUCCCAGGGGUGGGAGGUAACAGUGCUGACCACUGCACCUCUGCGUCACCCCUUACUAAUCACUGAAUUGCUGUAAUUCUUGUGUAACUGAAGACUAAACCAAAGCAUAGUAAUUGACACAUUACACCAAUUAAAGUAUUGGCACAUAGUAAUUUGCAUAUUCACAUUUAAAACGUUAUUUGACCCACCUGCAUUAAAAGUAAUUUAACCUUAACUUUUGAAAAAAAUGUAUCUAAUAGUCCUGUUCUUUCUCUCACUGUAAAUUAGAAAUGCUGAGCAACACCGAGGGAAGUAAGAUAACAGAAUAUCUCUUUCAGCCCUACCCUGCACUGCAGUGUGGUGCUUUAAUUGCAGGAGAUCGCAUUUCAGUCUAUCCAUCCCACAAGGCGUCCGAGGGCACACGGCUGGGCUGCAUCCCGGACGGGCUGUCUAACGCCGAAUAACACAUAAUUACGAAAUGUGACAACAAAAGGAGCGGUCGCAAAAGAAUGUAGACGGUCACUGUGAUAUUCAACAUUAGGAAAAAAGAGGAAUUCUUAUCUGUCACAGUAUGUCCUCUUCCUCACUCUCCAAAUUUGAAGGCUAAAAAAGGAAGAACUGGCACCAAAAGUUAUACACCUUGAAGUGAGACCUUGGAUUGUUUUUUUCACAUGGAAGCUCUCUGUGAAGGUUUCAGAAGGAGUGGGAGGACAGAUGUGGAUUAAAAUUUAAAGGCAGAGGUGCGAUUCCUGACAGCUGGAGAGAAAUCACAGAGGAAUCAGUGCUGGAGGAAUUAAACAUAAGAGAAUAAAACUACUGCAAUGAUGCAUAAGAAAGGGAAAUCUGACAAGGAAAUGUGUAGCAUUUUAGUUAUAUUCUUUGUGUACCUAUGCAAAUGGCAAAUAAAUAAUUUAUCAUCAUCAUUUAUCUUGGGGUAAAAAAGUAUAAACAUUCAAUCUUUAAACAAUCCUUAUGGCUUUCAUUUAAGUGAUAUUUUUUAUUUAAAUCUUUUAAAUCCCGGUCUUGUAGGGGUUCCGGUCCCACGGUUCUGUUUGUAUUUUAUCAUCGUUUCUUUAUUUUUUUCCUUAUUCUGAUUUUCUUUAUUUUUCAUGUGGUUAAACCCUGUGGUUAAAUCAGUGCUAUAUAAAUGAAGGUUGAUUGAAAAUACACAGCCUGUGCACAUUAGCAGAGCAUGUAUUACCUUUCUUUGAUCUAGUGUUAAUUCUUGAAAUUAGGUUCUGAUUAAAAAAAAAAGAAGAUUAAUAUUUUUAUAUCUUAAUUAUCAUUAAAUAUCUGAAUAUAGCUAUUAGUGCAAAGGAAAUGAUUUAGACAACUUAGAUUCUGUUUUAUAUUAGUUUUUAUGCCAAGGACAAGCAUCCUAAUGGUCUCAUUGUAGCUGAUCUUUAAUAUGUAAAGAAAUAUAUUACAGCAUUAAAUUGCUUGAUAUUA